AUGAGUGCCAUCAGUAUUUGGACAGAGCACCGGAACCCCGAGGGCCGUACUUAUUGGUUCAACACAAACACUCGUGAGAGUGUUUGGGAGAAACCAGAUGAUCUCAAGACUCCUUUCGAGAAAGCUCUCAAUCAGACGAAGUGGAAAGAGUACUUCAGCGGCGGGAGGAAGUAUUACUAUAAUACUGAAACAAAAGAGUCGAAAUGGGACAUGCCAGAUGAGUUGCUUUUACUUCUGGAACAGGUCGAGAAGGAUGGCAAGAACGCACCUUCCAACACUGCAUUAGUUCCGGCUGGAGCUGGCGUGUCACAAGGUGCCCCCAACACUCUUGGAGGCCCUGACCCAUCCUCAUUCCCACCCGGUUCUCAGCCGCAAUCUCAAUUGAACGGCCAAAAUGGUGCAGUUGGUAUGCACACAGGUGGACUUCCAUUCGCCCCUUCCAGCGUAUUGCCUGCUCGGCCCAACUUGCCAGAUGACCCAGUCAUUCCUCACAAUGGAUUUGCAACCGUGGAGGAAGGCGAAAAAGCUUUUGUGCACCUCCUCAAGAAGGCCGGCGUCGACGCGAAUUGGACUUGGGAUCAGACCAUGAGGGCUAUCAUCACGGAUCCCCUUUACAAGGCUCUAAACACGUUAGCGGAGAAAAAAGCGGCAUGGCAAAAGUAUGUGGACGGUCUCAGAGCGAAGGAGCAAGAGGAACGAGAUGUUCGCCUGUCCAAGCUACGUCCUUCACUCCGUAAUAUGCUGAAAGGCAACCCCAACGUCUUCCACUACACGACCUUCGCCACCGCGGAUAAGCUGUUCUCUCAGCAUCCUAUCUGGCAACAAGCCAAGGUCGAGGCGGAGAGGAAGCUUAUCUUCGAGGAGUACGUCGACGAGCUCAAGCAACGGGAGGUGCAAGAAAGCCGUGCUGCUCGUUCCCGAAGCAUUGGGAAGAUCGUCGCUCUUUUCAAGCGCUUGGAUGUCGAUGUUCUCACUCGGUGGCGGUCAGCUUACCACCAAGUCGUGGACUCGGAAGAGUGGAAGGGAGACACAGAGCUGCAAAACCUACCAACUCUCGAUAUCCUGCUUGCGUUUGAAGAUUACAGUCGCGUCCGAGAGCGUGAGUUCGAAGAGCAGAUGCGACGUCGCCAAGUGGAGAAGACGCGACGAGAGCGGAAGGCGAGGGAGGCGUUCAGGGAAUUGUUGAACGGUUUAGUGACUUCGGGUGAGAUCAAGGCUCGUACGAAGUGGAAGCAAGUGUACCCGAGUUUCUCCAGCGAUCCUCGCUAUCUCGACAUGCUGGGAAACCCUGGCUCCAACCCCAUCGAGCUGUUUUGGGAUGUGAUCGAUGUUUUGGACCAGAAACUGGACGAGAAGAUUGCUGUUGCGGAAGCUGCGAUCAAGAAACACAAUCAGGCUCUUGACAGCAAGAUGAAAGAGGAUGACGGCACGGCAGUCACUGAUGGCCUCAAGGCAUUCGAAGUCAGUCCCGAGUCCACGGAGCAAGAGUUCUUGCGCAUCGUCAAGGAUAAUCUCGAUGGUGGAACUUCUCUGUCCGAAGUGGAUCUCAAGGAAAUCUACCAUUCGCUGCACGACGUUUCUGUGAAAAAGCAAGCGGAUGAAAAGCGCCGGGCAGAGCGCAAGCAACGGCAUCUGCAGGAUGACCUGCGCUAUGCUCUGAAAAAGGUCCCAGAGCUCCACGACGCCAGCCUCUCCUACCAAGACGCUGUUCAGUAUAUGCAAGAGCUCCCUGAAUACCUGGCGAUCGAGGAUGAGGACAGCAGGAAGGUGGCAUUUGCCAAGUUCGCCAAAAGGCAGAAGGAACGCCUCCGAGAGCGCGAACGGGAGAUUUCUGAAGAUGGCGGAUCGACGACGAGUCGCCGCCGGAAGGAGGUGGUGAAGGACCGCGACGGCGACCGGGAACGCGACCGGGAACGCGACUACCGCGACCGCGACCGUGAACACGACAAGGAGCGGGGCCGUGAUCGUGAUGGCAGAAGCGACCGUAGAGGCGACAAGGACGGGUACUCGCGUCACUCCGAACGGGAUCACGGGAGGGACGGAAAGGAUCGUGAUUACUCCAAGGACAAAUCUUACAAGGACCGAGAACGCGACCGGGAUCGGGACAGGGAACGCGACCGCGACCACUACCGGUCCUCAAGGCAUCGCGAACAUGACAGAGACGACAGGCGUCGCGAGCAUAGGAGUGGGCGGGACUGGGACGAUGGGUACAGUGCGACGGACAGCGUACCUCCGUACAGGGAGCGCGAUCGUGGGGAGUCGGAUACUCGAGAGAAACGUGACCGUGGCUCUAAUGAGGACCGCAUUCCUGAGGAGCGGGACGCGAAGACGUAUUCUGACCUGCGCCUCCCCCCUGAUGUUGUCGCUGCCGAGGACACACCCGCGCCUGCUGCCUCUGCACGCGCUGAGACACCCGAGGAGGGCGAGAUCUAG